AUGGGGUACGACUGCAGCAUUAUCGAAAAUAUAUCUGACUUGAGCAUUUUGAAAGACCACAAACCUGCUGCGGACGACAGUAUUCUCAACGCGACCGACGGUAGCAGAAGCUAUUACUUGCAAGGCAACAGCUCGAUGGUGAUAGUCCAAAAUCAGACCGAUCCGCUCCGAACUCUUUGGGCCACCAAUGCUUAUGCAGUGUUGGAGACUGCGCAGCAGAUGUGGCCGAGUAGAGACAUCUUUGAUCGCUUUCAAGGAAGCAGCCCGAACGCGUUGUUCACGGAGACUGCUAGCUGCUAUUUCAACAAGAACGAAAGUCCAACGGGGGACUAUCCAGGUAUCAACCAGCAGAGAAUCUUUGAAACGCUUCUAUGGCAGAAGGUUCUCAACACCUCCUAUGGAGAUGGAGCCCCUCCACAGUACAAUUUCAGCAUUGACCACAACAUUACGGAAUUGUACGGCGCUUACGAUGAUCUCGAUUUGGAGUAUAACAUCCCCGCCAAUUUCACUGACACCUGUCCACACCAGCCUAUGACCGCUACCGGCGUGCAGUGCAAGUCGAGUAGCAGCGUCGGUACUGCUGACAUUGAGGGCGUUCAUUCAACGUAUUCAAACUUUGCACGCACCGAUACACCAAUCAACACCCAGAGAUACCGACGUGCAGAUCGUUUUGGCGCCAAAACCCUUACUUCUAUGAAUCCAGGUCGCUCCACCGAUGAUGAGUGGUUUUCGAAUUUCUUCACAUCCACUGCCGCGCCACCUUUAUUCUACGCGCCUUAUUCGGACGAUCCCGACAGCGUUGACGAAGGGGUAGGCUACAUGCUUAAAGACGGUUAUCCCCAGGCUUCGCAGUUGCGACAAAGCAUGUUACGAGCGCACGCAGCCUACGCAGUACAGCUUAUGUACAAUGGUAGGCAGGGCUUCACGGCUCGAGAUGACAACCAUGUCAUAUUGCUCAAUCCUAACAUCACAUGUUUUAAUGCCGGCACAGUGAUAAAGCAGGGCAUCAUACCUGCAGGUGUUCUUGUUGCGCUCUUCUUCCUCUAG